AUGCCUCCCACACAACUUCCCGCCUCGGGAAAUCCCCUUGUAUUCUUUGACAUUACACUAGGAGGCGAACCACUAGGUCGUGUUAAGUUCGAACUGUUCGCCGAUGUAGUCCCCCGAACAGCAGAGAACUUCCGGCAGUUCUGUACGGGUGAGAGUAAGAAUCAUCUAGGACGGCCGCAGGGGUAUAAGGGGAGUAAAUUCCAUCGGAUUAUCAAAGAUUUCAUGUGUCAAGGCGGCGACUUCAUAAAUGGCGACGGAACAGGCUCGACAUGUAUCUACGGCAUGAAGCAAUUCGAGGAUGAAAACUUUGUCAUUAAACAUACUGAGCCAGGUUUACUUUCCAUGGCCAACGCCGGCCCCAACGGCAACGGUUCUCAAUUCUUCAUCACCACAGCCCCGACCCCAUUUCUAGACGGCAAACACGUGGUUUUCGGCAAGGUGGUCGAGGGGAUGGAUGUGGUGCGCAAGAUGGAGAAUACGAAGACGGGGUAUCGAGGAAAGGAUGUGCCGAAUUUGGAUGUGGUUAUUGCGGGGUGUGGUGAGAUGUAG